AAAAGGUCGACAAAAUCUCUAGUAUUAAUGGAGUCGGACUGGUUAUUCCAUUCGAUCAUGAGUCCUGAUCAAUUUCUCCCAAAAGCCUGAUUGGUCUCCUCUCCUUCUUACCUUCGUUAUUCAAGCAAAUUUGCUUCUCUUUCGAAUCUUGGAGAAUUGAAACGAGGGCUGGAGACUUGGAUUUGUCAAAAAGCAAUGCGAAUACCGACAACAAUUACACUUGUACGGAGUCAGGCCACCUGUCAACUUCCCAGUCUUGUUUCUUCCUCUACUUUGGUCUCUCCGAUCUGAUCAAUUCAUCAAAAACCCUAGUGGGUUAUUGUCUUCGAUACAAUCAAUUGUAUUAUUCAAUUUCUGGAUAAGUUAGGGUGUGUGAGGGGAGGAAAUUGAUCGGAACAUGGAACAUCGGAGGAGUCCUCCGAAGCACAGACACGAUGGAACUUCGCCUUUGCCUUUAGGGAUGGAUUGGAGCCCUCCACCUAAGAAAUGGAAUGGGCGGGAUACAGUUUGGCCACAUGAUCCUCGCACAGGAUGGAGUUACUGCAUCACAAUCCCAACCUGGGUUGUCCUUCCGAAAUCUAGAGACUCAGACCCUGUUGUGUUCUAUAGGGUCCAGGUUGGUCUACAAUCACCCGAAGGGGUCACAACAACACGAGCGGUAUUAAGAAGAUUUAAUGAUUUUUUAAAGUUACUUGCUGCUCUUAGGAAAGCAUUUCCAAAAAAGAAUCUCCCACCAGCACCACCAAAGGGACUCUUACGGUUAAAAAGUCGAACACUGUUGGAAGAGCGCCGUGGCUCUUUGGAGGAGUGGAUGACAAAGUUGCUAUCUGAUAUCGACAUAUCAAGAAGCAUCGUAGUGGCAUCGUUUCUUGAACUAGUAUCUGCUGCUCGGUCUUCAUUUCAAGAUGAAAACCAACAAAUUGGACAAGGAAAGAGUAACACUGCGUCUCCACGUAUUCAUCCUGAUUCAAAUGAAUCCGUGGCUUCUGGUAGUACUCCACUCACACCAGACUAUGGCAGUGACACUGCUUAUGAGACUUCAGAAAUUGGAACUUCAAGCCUUGGAAGAGAUAAUAUAUCUGAAGCUGGUACAGAGGAUUUGUCUCUGGAUGAAGAUUUGACAGGUCCACUAGAAAAACUUGUCAAGCACGGUAUGUCCAAUAUCGACGAGGGUUUAUUCAUAGGAAAUGCUAUUUUAGAGCAGGUCGAAGGGUUUCCCAGGCAUACAAUUCAUGCUAGAGAGAUUAACAAAGUUAUGAGGAGAACUGACAAAAAUGGGAAUGGAUCUGACACAGCAUAUCUUACCAGAGAUAGAGGGGAUUCUCUGCCUCGACAAGAACAAGAACAUGGAAAGUUUAUUGGCAAUUCUGAAAAGCUUUCAAAUGGGAGUGUUGGGAAAACGACAAGCUCAUUGAGAAGGAGCGUAACAGUGGAUACGGAGUUUCCUAGUUCAUUGGCAGACAGCUAUCUAAUUCCUUCAAGAGCUGCUGAGGUUUCAAAACCUGUGGGGUUUCUCGGCAACAUGGAAUCAGAUGAUAUAAACUUAGUUCUUCCAUUAGGGCAGCAGCAAAAGAUGAAUAGGGUUCUAAUCAGUAUGCAGAGGAGACUGGGAACCGCAAAAACAGACAUGGAAGAUCUAAUAUCAAGAUUGAACCAAGAAAUAGCAGUGAAAGAUUACCUUACGACGAAGGUCAAGGAUUUGGAGGAGGAACUUGAGACUACCAAACUGAGAAGUAAAGAAAACCUUCAUCAAGCUAUUUUGAUGGAAAGAGAAAGAGUUACUCAAAUGCAGUGGGAUAUGGAAGAACUUAGACGGAGAUCACUUGAAAUGGAGUUCAAACUGAAGUCGCAACAGGAUGACAAGCAAGAAACAGAAUCGCCAAAAACAUCCAUUAUUGAAGAGAAAGAUCAAUUACUGCAGGAGCUGGAUGAUACUAAAAGCAAGCUUGAGCAACUAUUGAAGAAACAUCAAGAACUAGAAAUUAAAUCAAAAGCAGAUGUCAAAGUUCUUGUUAAAGAGGUUAAAUCCCUUAGAAGUUCACAAGCAGAAUUGAAACAGCAGCUGAAUCAAUCAGUUGUCGGAAAGUUAGAUGCAGAGAAACUUCUUCAACAAGAAAAGCAGAAGUACGAGAAUGAUAAUGUUGCUAGAAGGGAGUUGCUCCAUGAAUGUGAUGUUCUUCAACAUCGGCUUCGAGAGUGCAGCAUGAAUUUGCUAAAUGAAAGUGAAGAUAAACUAGUCAUUGAUUCACCGUCAGUGCAAGAUGCUUUAGAACUCGUAAAAAUAUCGGAUGAUCGGAUAGAAGCCCUCCUUGCACAGGCACAGAUCUUGGGACAAGAUGAUGAUGUUUCAAGUGGUGAUUAUGAACUUAGGAAGAUGGUGUCGGAGAUCCUUGUAGAUAACAUCAGUCUAAGAAAACAGGUGAGUCUUCUUGUUCAUCGUGCUCUCAAAGUAGGCAUCGUAACAACUAAAGACAUGGAAGCGCCUUGUGUAAAAAACAAGACUUUAGAUACAAGAUGAGAGCAUGGGUGAGAGCUGUAAAUACAUAAAUAUGGUGCUUUACUAACAUUACCUUUGUGGGUAAUUUGACCAACUUGUUUUCUUGAAAGUUGUUAUCCUUACUCACUCGGGUAAGCUUUUUGCACUAUACAUUCAUUAAUAUAUAUACAUACAUACAUAUAUGAGGUUUUAUGGGACUUGAUCCUUUUCUGGGAGAUCAAGUUUAGUGUAGGUGGAGAUGAAUAUCAUCUUCAUGUUUGUUGGAUCAUGAUAUAUGAUGGCAGAUUGUAGUCAAAGAUAUCAAUGCUUGAAUAUCAGGAAUC